AUGUCUAUUCACCGGGAGCUCAACGCCGCCUCGCUCAGCGACGCCUGGCGGACCAUCAACAUUGAUGCCCUGCAGGAGGACUCGGCGUGUAACUUUGACACCAACACCUUGCGGCCGCCGCAGCCCGAGAUUGGCGAGGACGAGGUCCGGCAGCUCGCGGGCCAGGUGCGGCAGUUGCUUCGCGGCGGAGACGCUGAGGGGGCGUUGAGGGGAUGUUUGGAGUUUCCUGUGUACAAUGGACCUGAUGGCGCCAAGGAUGCCCACCUCCAGACCAUCACCGAGGUCCUCCAAUCCAUCAAGGCUUCCGAGAUGACGCCCCUCCUCAAGUCCAUCUACGGCGGCGCCGGCGGACCCGAGCUUCUCGACGUGCUGAUGAAGUACAUUUACAAGGGCAUGGCGGGCUCUGCGGCCUCCGGAGGACUGAGGUCGCCGCCGCCGCAGGCUGCGCCGAGCGGGUUCAGCCAGAUGGGCGGUCGCCCGGGAGCCACCAACGAGAACGUCGGUAGCGCGAUGAGCGUGUUGCUUAGCUGGCACGAGAAGGUUGUUGACGUGGCUGGGUUGGGAACUAUUGGUCGUGUCAUGACGGAUUGGAGACGGGUUUAG